AUUUAAUUCGUCACAUUUUUUUUAGUAAAAAUUACGAAAAACCCAUUUUUAACCAAAUAAAGACACAUUUUAAAUACAAAUAUCAUCUGCAUAUAUAGCAGGAACUAUAUAAUUUUCUCAAUAAUAAAAUUUACAAAUAAAUUUGCAUAAUUUAAAACUCAAAAAAUGGAAGACGAUUGGGAAAGUGCUGCUGACAAGCCUGUAGUUGUUAUACCAGACAACAUCAACAAAUGGGCUGGUGAGGAUGACGAUGAUGAUGUUAAAGAUAGUUGGGAUAUUGAGGAGGAAGAAAAGAAGGAUGAAGAAAAGACAGAUUCAACCGCAACAAAGGCUCCAGUUAAAACGAAACCCAAUAAAGCUCUGAAAACGAAACUGGCCGAACAAGAGAGACUGGCAGAAGAAGCUGAAGCUGAGCGUAUAGCAAAUAUGACACCAGAAGAGAAAUUGGCUGAAAAAUUGCGUAUACAAAAAAUUCAAGAAGAAUCAGAUUUAAAGGUUGCUCUAGAUACCUUUGGUGUAGCUGACAUUAGCGGUGCUGGUUUAGAUGCAUUUAAUCCUCAAACUGAAGAAGAAUUCAAAGAAUUUGGAGCGACGAUUAGUUGGAAAUUGGCUCAAUACAAAGAAUCGCCGCAUUUUUCCCAAUUCAUUGAGGAUUUAGUGCGUAGCAUAGGUGUACAUCUAACUCUGGCUGAUUUGAAAAAACUGAAAGUUAAUGUUGAAAAUUUACACACCGAAAAAGUGAAAUUAGAAAAGCAAAAUACUAAGAAACCUGGCGGUAAGGCUAAGGGAAAAAUUACGCUGAAAAAAGAAAGUGAUGAUAUUGAUGUCUAUAAUAAAUAUGGCAAUGAUUACACUACAACCUAUGAUGAUUACGAUGAUUUCAUGUAAAUAGUCAGCCACAUCAGUCAGUCAUAUAUACCUUGUAUUGUUUACUUAUCGAUCCUUCUAAAACAACAGUCUUUCAAAAAUUCGUUUGUUGAGCUCUUUAUAUUAUUAUCAAUCAUCAGAAACAGAUAAACAAUUUGUUAAUAAUGUUGAUGUGAUACACGAUUAGCUCAUCCUCAUCAUAUAUUUUUUAUAAAAAAGAAAAGAAAAAACGAAAAAGAUGUUAUAAAGCACACACCGGAAUUUAACAAUAUGUUAAAAACCAAUCACUUUUUUGUUUUGUUAUUUAAUCAAGAAAUACCAUAUAUUAUAUUUCUUAAUAAAAGAGUAAAAUUAUAAAACUGUAAGAAAUAACUUUUCAUAUAAUUGCGAAAUAACAACAAUUUGUAAAUUUUAAACUAGAAAAA